GUGGAGCUGCAGCCUUUAGCUAAGCGGCGCUGUGUAACUGGUUGUAUCUGUCAGCUAGCGGCUAGCAGCAGCUGCCCACCGUGAGCUGUCCACUCGGCCAGAGGCGAAACUUUCACACGUUUCCUCUUCUACCGCUGGAUUAUUAGUGGGUUUCCGCUCGCCGAUGGAUUUGUUUACAUCAUGAUGUCGCACAUGCCCGGACCGAGGCAGGGAAAACUAGCUAACACCAGCUAAGUUAGCUAGAGAGGGAGACUGACACACUCUCAGCAGAGAGGGAAGAGUCGGCGGAGACACCGGGCCCGCCUCAGACUAAAGCACCGGUGGCUGCUGCGGAGCAAGAAGUUUGACGAGGGGCCUUUUUGCGAGAAAGGCCGCGGGAGGAGAGCAGCGGUCGCCCCCACUGCGCUGUUACCGGAGACCGUGGGACGCUUCGGGAGUUUCGGAGGAGUCUGGCCUCGGUUGUGACACUUUUCUCCGACCAGAGAGAGGAAGAGGAACGGUAUGGAAAUGAACUGUGACGGUACGUGUGUGUGUCAUACCCCCGAGCUGUGAAUUAUUUCGCAAGACAUUAGUCCGGCGCUAAGUUUCUGCGGGAGCAGACACUCUCGACGCAGAUCGUCAACAUGUCGAAAAUGCCCGCAAAGAAGAAAAGUUGUUUCCAGAUCACGAGUGUAACGCAGGCUCAGGUGGCGGCCAGCAGCGUCACCGACGACACCGAGAGCCUGGACGACCCGGACGAGUCCCGGACAGAGGACGUGUCAUCGGAAAUAUUUGACGUUUCUCGGAACGACCUGGGGGUGUGUGACAGGAGCUCGUCCGAGGAAACCCUAAACAAUGUCGGGGAGCCUCAGGAGGGCCAGCCGACUCCCACGGGUCCUGUCAACGGGGGACUCCCCUAUAAAAGUUUCGGCACUGGUCGUGUCACCCCACAUAAUGUACCGAGCUCAGCCACCCAUCCUCUGACAGCCAUCAACACGGCCCCCGCUGCCACUGUCUCUACCACUGUGGCUCACACGGCUCCUGCUAGCACCAGCUGUAGUUCCAGAUUCAGGGUCAUUAAACUUGACCAUGGUACUGGAGAGCCCUUCAGACGGGGCAGGUGGACAUGCACCGAGUUCUAUGAGAGGGAUUCAGAUUCAAACCAUAAUCGGACUUUAACGCUGGAUCAUAGUAUAGACAGGGACAGUGGGCUCGACACCAGUAACUCAGUGGUGACUAGCAGUGCUUUUUCUGCACAGGUGUCGGAGAACUCCGCAGAUAGUGGCUACUCUCUCGGGCAAACCACCCACCCUCACCCCUCAGAGCUUCAGCAGCAGGGCUACAGCUUGGCUCCUCAGAUAGGGAGUGGAGCAAGUGCCUUCCAGUCCACUGGGUUCACAACUACAGCAGCACAGCAAUCACAACAGGCUCAGGUCAAUUUGAUCCCAGUUGCACCCCAAAACGUCCUCUCUAACAGCCUGAAUGGCUUGGCCUAUUCUACUCAUCCCACUGGCCUCUCGGCUGGCCAGCCGGACUAUCGUCAGCAGCACUUUGGCUCAAGCACUCAGAACCUUCCCUUGACGAGCAUCCCCGCGCUGCCUCAAAUCAGCCAGGUUGACUCGUCUCUAAUCACCCCCGCUGGUCCAGGAGUCAAGGGACUGGGGGGAGAGGCAGCCUCAGCCCAAGGACUCCUACUGCAAGUAAGCAAUGCAACCGCGGCCAUCCAUCCUUCCAUGGCCACCACCGCCUUCCACAGCGGUGUUCAGAAUGUGCCUGCCACAGUGCCCAGUACCACCAACACCCCUCCAGGUGCGCCAGGUCAGGGGCCUGGCAUGGGAGGACUUGCACGGCCCUUUGGAGCCCACGGAGGAGCCAUAACAGGCCUUCCCUUCGGCUUCAGUAAUCAGACAGAAGAUAAUAGGCAGAAGUAUGAUGCCCCACCUCAGCCAAUUGCCGGCUUGGUUCCAGGAAGAGAUGGUCUAAAGCCUUUCAUGGGCGAGGGCUUCAACCUGCCCACUCCUGGUGUCAACAGUUUCUUUGGCAUCCAUAUUACCAUGGAUGUGGAUGAGGACAGGAACCCGUCCACUGCUUUCUACCAGGCUUUCCGGCCUAGCAGAUUACGGGGGUCAAAGCCCGUCAAUGAUAGUGCAUCCGGGGCCAGCGUCGUUGCCAUCGAUAACAAGAUUGAGCAGGCAAUGGACUUGGUGAAGAGCCACCUGAUGUAUGCUGUUCGCGAGGAGGUGGAGGUCUUGAAGGAACAGAUCAAGGAGCUGUAUGAUAGGAACUCGGUGCUGGAGCGCGAAAACGCCGUGCUCAAGUCGCUGGCCAACACGGAUCAGCUCAGCCAGCUGUCCGGUCAGCUCACCCAGGGCAGCAACACGCCGCCGCUGCUGCUGCAGCAGCAACACCCGCUCGUCACAAACAACAACAACAACAACAACCCCUUAGUUCAUCACGAGGGGAGCCCGAGCGUCCCUCAUCAGCCAAACAUCACCUCGGCGUGAUCCCCCUUCCCCCAGAAUACAAGCUUAAAAAACACACACCUCCCACAGACAGGAGCAGAAGAUUCUGUUAGAAAAAGACAACUGCUACCGUCCUGUUAGCUCCAUAAAGCAAAAGGCUCUGCUCUGCGCUCAGUAUGUCCCAUUUGAGGAAAAAUCAACAACAGCGACAUGUUUGUUUUUCACCUAGAGCCAUGCUUCGAUGUGUGCACACUGCCGUCACCAGGCCUUCACGUUGUUAAGACAUUUACCACCGAUUGAAAAGUCUUCUUCUGGCCCUGUGUUUGGCUGCAGAGAGGCGGGGAACGAAGGAAAGGGGUAGGGGAGCCAGUCUAAACCGUUUAACAGCAUGCUGAUCUUGUGCAGGGGACUUGGGGAGGGGUCAAAGGGCACAGAGGGCCCGAUCUAUUCGGGUAACAAGUGAUGGAAGUGGACGAUGCCCCUGCGAGGGCCCGGUUAAAACAUCCAGCCCAGCAUCUCUACCCCACAUCACUCCAGGGCUGGAAGACAGCAGAGGGGGGGGAAAUGAUUCAUCCUCCCUGAGCGGAGGAGGACGCCAGGGGGCCGGCUCGAGUGGAGCGCCCCCAGCUUGUCAUAUGCUGCAACAAACGCUUGUGUUGUUUUCUCAGAGCCACCAUACUUUUGACAUGAAUCGUGAUACUUUUUAAUUGGUUCAGUUUUAGUAUUUGCAUUUAUUUAUUUCAGGGCUGCUAUUUUCAUAAUGUAAAUGAACAAUGUCAUCAAGAUACUUAUUAAAAAGCAAAAAGAAACCUUUCUCUUUGGUCUUUUUGGUAUUUUAGAAUCUGUCAGGUAUUAAAUUUGGUUGUCUCUCGCAGUAGAUCUCAGUAAGUAGGCAAUAAGUUCCAUGAUGGACACGUUUCUUCUCACAAGAUAGUGCUAACACUAAGGCUGAGCUUGCAUUAGGUGAAAUCCAGGUUGAAUGUAUAUUUUGUAAAGUGUAAAGUAUUAAGAGCGAGGAGGAGGAGGGUUUGUACAGGAGAACACCAGUUGUUAAGAUAUGAUUUAUGUGUUGGGCUGUUUCGAUAAAGAAACUAAUAAUUUACUUUUCUUUUUAGACUUUCUUUGUCAAAAUGAAAAAUUAUGAAUUUGUGGUUGUGGUAAGGGGGAUGAAAAGCUGUGAAAAUUGUUCGACCUACUUUAUAACCAAAGACGCAAAGCUGUGUAUGUUAUUUUUUUGUUUGUUUUUCCCCCCCAUUUAUAAAUGCACAUUUAGUUUUUGUAUUUUUUUUCCUCUAUACUUUCUCUCCAUCCCUAUACUUUGUUGCUGUUUUGCAUGUCCUGCAUGAUCUAUAAUCAGACCACUUUCUUACCUCAUGUUUUUAUCCAGCACUCUUUAUUUUCCUGUCAAGUUGUCAGUCUGUGAAUGAUCGUCGGAGGGUUUGUGAAAGAGAACAAUGGGCAGAGGGGGUGGAGUAAGUUGGUGAGGGUAAGAAUAUAUAUAUAUAUAUAUAUAUAUAUAUAUAUAAAUAUUAUAAAGAAUGGAAAAGGUGUUUGUUUGGGAUGGAUGGAAGGUCUUUGUGCACAAAACGUUAAGCAGAAGAAGAGCCAUCUUUUGUUUUCACAUGCCGAGAAAGGGUUUUGUUACAAAAGCAAAUUUUAAUGUAUUUAAUGAAUGCGUUUAGAUUUUUAAUGUACCAACACUUUGCUUACCAUGGAAAAAAAAACAAAUGUCCCACGAAACAAAACAAUGGAAACUAUUAAACAUUUUUCACACUUUAAAGCUGGAACCCAGUAGAUUGUCUAUGAGCAUAUUAUGGGAUGUCCUGUUUGUGCUUCCACGUCUUUGUGCCUCCUUUGCUGUCGCCUGCUGUCGUCAGGCGAUCAGGUUUCUUUCUCUGUGGCUUAGAACCAAAACGCUUGGUAAUUGUACAAUCAGUCAUCUUUCUACUCGAUGAACUCUUUGAUUUCUUCUUUGAUUUUUUUUUUUGUGAAAUGGGCUUAUUUCUUUUUAUUUUCUGUACUUCUUUUGUUUUGAAGGAGACGCCGUGUACAUGCCAAGUGUACUGUAUGAACGUGAUCACUGAGCCUUGGAGGAAAUAUCUUAACGAUGCCCUUGAAAUGUGCUGUUCAGACGAUUUUAGUUUUCAGUCAGAAAUAAAUUACUGUUUAUUAAGA